GUCGGAUUGUAAGUUAUACAUUACACGAGAUACACUUACCCAAUUUGUUACUUGAGGUACGUUAUUAUUUGAACGUUGUAGCAGUGUAUCAAGGACAAUUGGAUACCUGCUGGAGAACGUUUUAGUGUCAUGAACAAGUGCUUCGUCUCCUGUAGCUUCUUCUCGUUCCUGUCCUAGGGUCUGUUACUCGCUUCAGUUACUACUAAAAAUCCUGCGAAUCCUUGACGCUAUAGGGCUUCUCAGUAUCUGCAAUACCUUUUGGAAAGUGAACAGGAACUGUCUUGCAGUGGCGGCCAACGGCAUCAACAGCAUUAUUACAGGAUUUCGGAAUGACAGUUUUUAGAAGAUGAUUAUUCAGAAUAAGAGAUAGACGAUGCCAGAUUUUGAAGAAAAUUUUAAUUGGUGCUGAAGAAUCAAGUUUUAACUUUGCAAAAUGCUGUUACUGUAGAUUUGCCAUGAAUCUUUCCAAUUUUAGAUAUUCUUGGCCUUGCAGUGACUUCUGCUACCAUCGACAUUAUCACAGCAAAAGACAUUCUAUCUCAUAGAAUGUUGGAAUGUGAAUUUGAAAGUAAUCUUUGUGAGUGUAAGCAUAAUUAGUGUUUUAAUUCAAAAGGUUGUGUGUGUGUUUAGUAUUUAAUGGCAGGAUGAAGGAUAUGGCUGGAAUUGAUAAACAGCACAUAAAAGAUUUAAUUGCUCAAGGCAAUAGGUUUGAGGCUAUGAAUAUUUUCCUCCAGUGUAAAUUUGGUAAACCAGAAAAUUCCAGUGUUGGAGGUGUGAAGAUAAAACGUGAAAGUGCAGAGUCAGCAGUACCUAGGCUUGAGAAAAAGAACAAAGAUGAAGUCAACAAAACGUACGAUAACAAAGACAACAGCGAGAGUGAUAGUGAUGCCAGCGAAGGUGGGAGCGAAAGUGAGACGAGUGGGGCCAGUCAGGUGAGCUCCCCUGCACCACGUAGUGAAGCACUAGUACCUGAAGUGGAGCUGAAGGAAGAUGAGAAUUUUGACGUGGAUGUGGAGACUGUUGACCCACUCUCUGAAGAUUUCCUUCCACGGCCUCAGGUCAUGAACCAGUCCGGACCAGCACACAUGAUGCAACCUCAGCAUAAUAUGCAAGCUACGUAUGGCCAGAUGGGGGGAAUGGGUCACUUUGGUGGGCCCACUGGACUCUAUGGACCAUAUUGUGGACAGAUGCCACAGUAUGAACCAAGGACAGAUGGUACAAACACCACCCCAGUUUGGAUGGACUUGUCGCACCAGCAGCAUCCCCAUCAACAUAAUCAACAGCAGAUGCAUCCCAACAUUCUUCAGCAUCAGCAGCUUCAACAGCAGCAGCAGCACCAACAACAUCAGCAGCACCAACAUCCACAGCAACAGCAGCAACAGCAACACCAGCAACAACACCAACAGCAACAGCAACACCAACCGCCACAGCCAGAGCAAAGUCCAGAUUAUGUACCACGGAUUCAGCGUGAGAAAGAGGCCAUUCCUACAGAUCUUCACAAGAAGACGCAUCAGAAGUUCUUUCGAGAUCAAGGAAGACCUUAUGUAUCCCGGGCUACGGGUAAGGAAGUGCGUGGUCGAGCUAUGGGUCCACCUUGUAAUUGUAAAAAGAAAUGUUGGUCAAAAAUUGAACAUGGGGCAGAUGAAAUAUUUUCUUCCUUUUGGGACAUGGGCAAUUUUGAUGAGCAGAAUGUUUAUUUGUAUGGAAAUAUUUCCAUAAAACCUGUGAGUCGCCACUAUGUUAAAGGAUCUAACAGAAGGACGUAUACAUUUACUUACUGGUGUAAAGUACGUGGAAAACAUGUUGAAGUUUGCAAAGAAAUGUUUAUGGGAGUUCAUGGACUACAGAAUAGUAGAGGGAGAAUUGGAAAUCUAAUGAAACAAAUGAAAGAAGGUAAUUUGCUUCCAAAACCUGACCAACGUGGUAAGCAUGCUAAUCGCCCCAACAAAUAUACUGAACAAAGUCUUCGAGGAGCACGACAGCAUAUUGAAGCAUUUAUCAACCGUAAUAUGACAUUGAAAAAAAUGUAUCGUGAUUAUUAUGUUCCAUGGUGUGAUGAAAAUAAAAUUGCACCUGUUAGUGAAGAUAAAUACAGAAGAAUAUACUCUGAAGAAUACAAAGUUUCCUAAUAGUUGUUACAGAUAUGUGAUAGAAGUAUUUCAUUCAUUGUAAAAUAUUUUCAUCUCAUUCUAGUUAAAAUGCAUAAGACUCAUUUCAUAAUUUUUCAGUCUAUUGUAUAUAAAAUCAUUCAUCUCCCACAGUCACAGUUUGUUUUAAUGAGGUUAUUGAGAGCUUUUAAUUUUUUUUUUUUACUUUUAUUUAGGUUUGUGGAAGGAAAGGUUUUCCUCUUUUAUUUGAUGUAAAAUUAGGAGAAUUGAAUGUUAUGUUGUCAUAGGUUUUCCAAAUGUUCCAUCUGAUGGGAGAUCAAAUAUAUAUGUAUAAGCAGUUCUGAUAUACAUGCAGACUAAUACAGAAAGCUUGUGCCAAGGUAACAGCAUACAGUAGUACAGUGUAAGCUCGCUAAUGUGGACUUGUGGUUAAAACCCAGUCUGGAUGGUCAUGAAUUUUUACCCCCAGAUUAUUAAAGUAUUUUAGCCUAUAUUCAUCCUUGUUAUUAAAACUAUUUAACAUUACUGGUUUAGAAGUACAGAAUUCAAAGUAUUUUUCAUUUUUUCACAAAAAAUAAGUUAGGCUAAUGUUCCUACCUAGCCAAACGUUUAUGGGUAGUCGGAAUACAGCCAUUUAUGUAAACUUACUUCUUGUUAAAUGAAAAUGCCAAAACAAACUGUAUUGAUUUAUAUAGACAGAUAAUCAUAUAAUAUGAUUAAGGAAAUGUUUAUAUACAAGCAGCGUUCAAGGAGUAGAUUUUUCCAUGGCUUUUGCAACUCCCCAAGUUUUUCUUAGUUAUCUCAUUGGCAGAAGAGGAGUAGAAAUUAUGAUGCAAAAGUACAGACGUGUUGUUAGCUAAAUACUUACAGUGUACACACAUUUGGAGGCACAACCUCUUUCAUGACUUUAUUAAUAGGUACAGUAUAUACUCACUUUCUAUCGUAUCCUGCAGUAAUACUGUAUACGUAUAUUAACAAUAACUUCUGGUUACUUUAUAGAAAUCAAUAAUUUAUUUAAUAAAGCUUGUUAUGGGAAUACAAGCGGUUACUGUGGUAUGUUACCUGAUAUGUUUUGGCACAGAAUUUUAUGUUAAUUCUACCGGUUUCCAGCUUGGCACUAGUAUUAUCCUAAUGUUAAGACCUCAGGUUUGUUAGUUUUGAAAUAUACAAAUUGAUUCAAAAUUGGUCAUUUUGUCAUGUGACACCAUCACUGAUGCAUUAUUUAUUGUGAAGAAAAAUGUACCGUAUUCUCUACAUACCAUCUUGAGUCCAUGGCAAGAAGCCAGAAGAAAUUUCUCUUGAUUGCUUUUCUUCUUAAGCUGAUAGAAUUGUCAGUAGGAUAUUUUAUUAUAAAAAGUAACUAUGCAAGCUCUGUAUAAACAGUGCUGUAACCAUACUGUACUUGACAGAACACAGCUUCAGUGUUUUAUUUGAAAGGCAUCUCUCUCUCUCUCUCUCUCUCUCUCUAUCAUAUCAUCAUCAUCAUCACAUAAUGAUGAGUUUUUAUUGUUGUCCUCAUCUGAAAAUUAUAGUGCACUUGACUUUUGCAUUUUUGUUAGGAUCCCUUUAAAUCAUGUUGGGACACAUGACAGUCUCUAUAUAAUAUUCUUUUUAUCUUGUGCACUUUGUAUUUUAAUCCCCAUGUGGUUCAGUCUCCCAUCUAUUCCUCCCUGAUUGUUUGGGUCUUCCCACAAUUGCUACUUUUGAUUGUACACAAGUUUUUAAUACCAUGAUGCCCCUUUCUAGCUGUGCUGUUGCCCAUUUAAAGUCUGGAAUUACCAUCAUAAUUUUAAAGCUUUCUAUUUUAAAUUGUUCUUAAUCUAAUGUUGCUUAUAUGUUUCUCUUUAUUUUUUUAAGUUAGUACCAAAUAUUGUGUGAUUAUCAGGUAGAUCCUUGAAAAAGAUCUGAUCUAGGUUUUGUCCUAAUUAUCCAGAAUUCGUGUUCAUGAGGUCUAAAUUAACGAGGCUACAUUGUACAAUGUUAUUAAAUAAAUACUGGAAAAUU